AUGGGUCAGGCAAAAAAGAAAAAACGCAAAAGAGUAUACUCGCCUCGUAAAAAACGUAAAAAGGUAACCUUAGAGUGUGAAGGGCUAGAUACAGAUGAAACAGUUAAUUGGGAUUUGGCAGCACUUGCUAAAGAAGCUACUGGAAAAGGAGAAGAUUUUGAUUCUUCAAAUGCUGAUUUGAAUGAUCUUCCUUUCUUGACAGUAGGACAAGAGCUGGAGAAAGAAAUGAAGAAAAAUACCCUAACUAAAAAUUUGACUGAAACAGAAAUCAAAAAUGCUUUGAAUGAAGAAAAGCUACUUGUUGGAACUUCUUCAAACUUCUCUGAUGUAUGGCGAAUUAAUUCCAAUUCGAAUUUCAACAUAACUUUACAAAAAGAUCAUCGUGUUUCACAUAAUAACAUAGAUUCAAAUAUUACCAAAGGGCAAAAUAUGUUUCCAUCGCUACCAGCUGUGCAAAAUAAUGCUAAAAGUGUGCAGAUGUUGAGUCAUGAAGCUCCUCCAACUCUGACUCAAGAAGGGCAAAAUUUAAAAGGCUCUGUUUUGAAAUCAUUGUUGAUGCCUAAACUAAAAAAUGCAUAUAAACCACCUAACCCAAAAACGUUUUCAGCAUAUUUACCAAUUAGUUCUUCUAUUAGUAUGGCAAAUCAACGCAGUCUGUUAAAAACAUCUGUUAAAGCAGGGCAAAAAAAUCCAUGUGUUUCAACAGAUGCAGCAGUUUUAGUCAGCGAUUCAAAGGGUCAACAAUAUGGGAUGACAUUUCAUCCUAACAGUCCACAGCACUUACCAACAGCAUAUGCCAAGAAUAAUUUUAUUCACUUCACUAAUAUGUCUCACAAGGAAACUGAUAAAAAUAAAAUUGCUUCUCAUAAUAGACCUAUCUCUAAUUUUCCGACUCAAAUGAAUUUCCAUCAAACUCAUUUCCCACCUUUAGUUGAUGGCAAUGUUAAAACAAACACAACUAGUUUUUGCAAUUCAUCAAACAAACAUAUGAUUAAUGAGCACAAUGAAUAUGUUUAUGAUAUGGAUUUUGAAAUUGAACCUGAGAAAGAUAUUUGUGAAAAUCUAAUCCCGCCAACUUUAAUUAAAGAAGAAAGGAUUAGUCAUGAAGAAAAUGUAGGUAAUUUUGAUAAAGAAGUUCCUAAAAUAAAUGCAGAAAAUGAUAGUGAUAAAAAUCCUUCCUUUCCUGUUGCUUCCAAAGUGUCAGUAACUGGCCACAACAUUUGUGAUAGUGUAAAAUCAAGCGAUGUUUCCUCCAUUGAAGAAGUGGAAGAAAACUUACCCCUUUCACAUUAUAUUAAAAAAUUUCAAAAGGAUGGAAACAUUGUAACUGCUGUGAAAAAAAUUAACUCGCAAAAUGUACUUUCUCAGAUGACUUCCUCUACAUCUUUAAUGGAUCACAUUCCAAACACAAAUGCCAAAAAGCAACUAAAAGCAAAGCAGAAAGCAACAUAUUCUGGAGUUAAAAGCCCCAGGAAAAAAGGUGCAAAAAACAAAUUGGACUUAUGUUCUGGAAGUGUUGAUGAAAGCUGUUCUAGUGCUUCUGUUACAGUGCAAGCUAAUAAUAGUGCAUUUUGUGGGGAAAAUAAAAUGCCUGAAACAUCAAAAGUAGUAAGAAAAAAUCUUAACAGCACUUGUGUCAUGAAGACAGAAAAUGUAGACAUGCAUGUAGAAAUGUCAUUUGAAGAAGAUGAUUGUGAUAAGCAAUCACAUAUGGAAAAUGUAAAAGAUCUAUUGGCUUUUACAAAUGUGCAAGAACCUAUCAAUUGUCUAAGUAAAAAUGAAGCUCAAUCUAAGAUAGAUUCCCUUCCAUUGUUGCCAUUUAUUAAAACUGAACCAAUUUUUAAUUCUGAAUGUGUAGCAGAAAAUACAAACAUUCCAGACCAUAGCAAUGAUGUCAAAUCUACGUCUGACACUUUAGAUAAGUCGCAUGAAGUGCAAAAGCAAAAUUUUACAGUUGAAAAUAAUGCAGCUAUUUCUACAAAACCGAGCCUUAAGAGGAGAAAAAGGGUGAGAAAAGGUGGUGGAAAGAAAAAAAGCAAAGCUGCUAAGCUUGAUAGACAAACAAAUAAUGAUGAUAAAAUAACUUCAAAUGAAAAUUGUGCUGAUGCUUCAGUGUCAUUUGCUUCUGAACUUCCAAACAAUAAUGCGCCAAUUGUUUCUGAAAAUGGAAAUGAAACUCUUGAGAAAGAUGAUGCCAUAAUAAACAGAAAUAUUUGCAAGCAAAAUAAUGAUUCAAUUUCAACUCUUACAGAAGAUAGAGUUCAUAGUUUUAUUGAUGAAGAGCCAAUCAGUACAAGCUCUAUGAAUACAAUUAUUGAAGAUGUUGAAACUAAGUCAAAUAAAAAUCAAAAAAAGAAAAAACGAAACAGAAAGAAAACAUCGUGGUAUCCUAAGAAAAGAAAAAGUACACCAAAAAAGAAACCUGUAGGUGAAGAGAGCAGUGAGCUAGGUUUAACUGAAAUUCCGGGUGAGAAAGCGCAAACAGGAAUCACUGCAGAAAAUUUUGAAACGCCUAGUUUCAGUGAAAAUAAUAUUCAAAGUAAAGAAUCGAAGGAGUCAAAUUUGAAGCAAGCUGUUAACAAUGUCUCCCAAGUAUUAGAAAAAUCUCAAAAGGCAGUGUCUAUUCUUAAACCCCAAGAACAUUUACAGAACAAUGCUCUCUCAUUAAAUCCAAAACAUAUUAAUGCUUCAAAGGCCACAAGCCAGGAAGCUGAGCAGGUCAUUACUUCUAGUUCAGUGAAUUCAACUUGUAAAGCAAAUAACAGUACUGAAUUAUCUACAGGGAGUGAUAGAAGUCAGGUUUCUGAAAAUGGUAUGCCUCUCCGUUCUGUAUCAAUAGAUGAAUUUCGACAAACUUUAUCUUCUAUUAAAAAAGAAAAAGAUGACUCCCCAAAAACUGCUAAUUGCAAUGAAAAUGUGUCAAAUUCUGCAAGUUCUCAACUUAAUAGUCAAAAUGAUGUUGUAAAAGAUUCAUCUAAGUCAUCAGAUAAUGACACUGCACAUUCUAGUCUUAGCCUCGUCAAUAGAUUACAGUCAAUCAAAACAGAAAAACCAGACAAAACUAUCAUGCAAUGUAUGGAUAAUAUUUCUGGCAAAGCAGCCGAAACUGCCACAGCAACGUUUGUCACUAAUGAAUUGAAUAUAGGAUUAACUAAAAAUUUAAAUUUAAGUGAAAGUACCACUAGUCACAAAAUAAACCAAAAAGAGGGUGGUGAUACUGGCUUGAAUCACUUGAUCCAUAAACAUGAUGCAAAAUCUACUAAAGUGGAUAAGUUUCCCCCAAAAUCUAAUAAUUCUGAAAAUAUUGGACAAAAUAUUCCAUACACUGAGAAAAAUACACCAAGCACAUCAAUUCCAAUUAGUCAAGAUUCUGCACUGCUUAAAAAUUUAUCUUUAGAUACAAACCUAUUGGAGAAAUCGGAUUUUAUAAAAGUAUUGCAAUCAAUUAAGAAAGAGAAGGUAGACGAGGGAAAAACUUCCAAAAUUCCUGUAAAUAACAAGUUGAUUUCUUGUGAGGCCAAACCUGGAUCAGUUUUAGACAAAACAGAAUCAGAUCUAGAAAAGACAGUACAAUGUUCUAGCUUGAAAAGUUCUAGUCAUGACAAAAUUUUGUGCUCAAUAAAAAAGGAAAUAUCCGAAGCUGUUGUACAAAGCUGUAGCAACUCUGAAAAUAUGAGCAAACAUUUUCCAGAGGCAACAAAUGCUUCAAAUUCUUUGAAGCAUACUUUAUCAAGUGAUAAAGAAAUGUUAACACAAGAUAAGGAAUUAAAUUCUAAUUGCAGGGAAACUUUAACUGCAAAAGCAUUUUUAGAAAAACAAAAUUUGACUGAUAGUCAAUCUAAAAGUUCUCAAAAUAAUCAAUACAACAACAAUAUAAGUGUUAGCAGUAUUCAAGUUAAAAAAGAAAAUGAUAGAAUAAAUGCUAAGGCGACUACAGUACCUAUGUUUAGUGAUUUACAAUGUGACCAUAAUUCACUUUCAAGGGAGGAAACUUAUAACAGAUGUAGCUCUGUAAUAGCUGAAAAAUCACUCCCUCUUCCAAGUGAAAAUGACACUGCAAUAAAAUAUAUGAAGCAAGCUUUGAAUGGCAAUUCAAUGUUGAAUACGCCAGAAAGUUUUCCUCAGUUUCAUAAUCAUUUGAUGUCAAGAAGCCAAAAUUUUACUUCAAAUUUACACCAGAGUAAUGAACAGGUUUCCUUUGUACAUAAUAAUAAUACAUAUUCUGCUGUGAAUGAAGUAGCUGGUAUUCCAAAGUUCAAUACUCCCUUGAUUCUAAACGAUUGCUCUCCUUCAUCUCAGUAUAAGAAUGUUUUUGAUGAUUCAGACUAUGCUUCAGAUUACAGCACACCUGUUGUACCUUACAGUAAUGAGCCUAUACACAAUCCAGUGCAACCUGUUUCUGCAAAAUGUUCCAAUGAAUUUUUCAAGCAAAUGGCCGAUUCUCUUGAAUCACGAAAUGUUGCCCAGAAUGUAUAUCAGCAAAAUAAUACUUUACAUGCUGUUAGUGAAGAAAAGAAAUUAGAGCUUGAACCUUAUCCUACGGAAUCAUAUGAGUGGCGACCUAUGGACAACUCUUUACCCACUAUUGAACAAACUAAGAAUAUACAAGAAGCAACUGUUCUUGGGCCAAAUGAAGAUAAUCAGGAAAUAGCAAAAAAUAAAAGUUCUGUCUAUGUAGAUAAAUCUAAUUUGAUUGAUAUCUCAAUUCAAUCUGCUGUUCCGAACGUUAAUGUUACUGAACUACAAAAAAUUUUAGAAUUAGCUGCAAAUAUAGGUGAUGGUAACCAAAAGCCAAAAGAAAUGCAAAUGUAUCGGAAUGAUCAAGUACAAACAGAAGGGAAGCAAGGGUUUUCCACUUCGGUAGAAACACCUUUUCCUUGUGAUAUUACUACUACUACUACUAAAGGGGAGGAAAAUUCUGAGCUCAAUUCCGUUUCUAUAGCAUGUGAUAAUGAGCAACCUUCAGAUGUUCCUAAUGGUUCUGAAAAAAGCAAAAUCUGUCCUGUUAGUGAAAUUUUGAAGAAUAAAUCUUCAAUAAAUGAUCUUUCUAAUUUCAGUAGCCAUACCAUGUCAGAUAGUGAUGAUGAGCCUGUUGAUAAUGAUAUGUUAGUUGGUAAUGAAAGUUGUCAUUCAAAUGUAGACGAAAGUGACACCGAAACUUUUGAUAACUUAAAAGAAGAUAUUGGGAAACAAAAGGAAAAUAGAAAUGCAGAUGAAAGAGCCUCUCCACCUAUUCCUCAAUAUAAAAGCAAGUGGGAAAAAAUCAUGGAAAGAAAAGCUCUUGAAGCUGACAGUAAAGAGAAAAACAAAGUGAAUGAACAUUUAUUGAAAGAUUGUUUUCCUGUGUCUGCUAAAAUUUCCAAAAACAAAAAGACUGUUGAUUUGAAUUCUGACCUCUCUGCAAUUUCUGAAAAAAAGAAAAAACAUAAAAAAAGUAAGCAUGAGUCAAAGAAGCAUAAAUCCAGUAAAGAGUCUAAAAAGUCACGUUCUGCCAAAUUAAAAAAGCCAACUGAAGGUCCAACACCAGAAUCCAAUACUAAAUCAAAUGUUUCUAUCGUGAAAACAUCUGAUAUGAAGGAUUUAAAGAAAUCAAAUACUUCUAAAUUGACUGAAAAUCCUAAAAUUUAUAAACUUCAGAAAACUACAAAUAAAAAAACAGCUAUAGGACAUGAAAAACAAGAUGAACAAUCAAAACUUUCUGUGACUAAACAUAGUAGCAAAGAAGUGAAACAAAAAUGUAAAAAUAAAUCCAUUGAUGAUGGAUCAGAAUUGUUUAAACCUGAUCCAGUUGUUCUAAAAACUGAUGAAACCAACUCAUCCAGACGCUUCUAUGGCAAGAGAAUAACUAACCGAGGCAGUUUCCUCACUGAGUCAAGUGACAAACCUUCAAAAGCUAAACCUGUUGUAAUAAAGAAAACAGUUGCCAAAUCCAAAAGUGUACCUUCUGUUCGUACAGAAGAGUAUCAUUCCAUAAUUGAAUCUCCAGAUGUAAAUAUUCAUUCUUUUUCUCUUAUGCAAAAUUCCAAACGUUCUGUUAUAAGUGACUACAGGAAUAUUUCACCUACUUGUUCAAAUAGACCUGUUAUAAAUGACUACAGGAAUAUUUCACCUAGUUUUUCAAAUAGACAGAAUAUGACUUUAAAUCCCACAAAUUCUUUUACAUCAUUUGAUAAAUAUGCUUAUGAAAAAAGCCAAGUUAAUGGCUUUGAAGAUUUUCGUUGUUUGUCUCCUCAAGAUUCUCUAGAUUCACUUCCUUCAGUUUUAAAACUAGCUCAUGAUAAAAAUGAAAAACCCCAGUCUCAAAAUAACUUAAGAACUGAAAAUUAUUUGGCAGAAGAGUCAUUUUCUUCUCUAAGUUCACAAAAUUCACAUCAAGCGCCAACAUUACACUCCAAAGAGUUUGAAAUGUUGUCAAAUUUAAUGAAUUUCAAUAAAAAACCUCUUAAUCAAUCAUCUCCAGUAUUUGAAACUUUUACUUUUGCACCCACCUCAUCACUAGGAAAUUCUUCACCUUUUGACGAUGACUCUAAAAACUUGAUGUCUCCCUUAUUUUCUGAAACCUUAAAUGUGCGUCAGUCUAAUUCGCAAUCUGUCCGAUUAAAUUCUGGAAAAUGUAUUUGCCUCCCUCCUAGGGACUUGAAAUUAAAAGUAGGGCAUACUAUUAUCGACUCAUUGAAUGUUUUGUUACUUAUUCUUGAAUGGAAUGUUGAUUGGCUUUUCCAACAAAAAAAUACUCUUGAUCCUCCUCCGAUAUCAAAGACCUUACAUAAAGCGUCUGACAAAUAUGAAUCUUAUGAGGAGUACUACAACACAUUAUUGCCUUUGAUGCUGUUGGAAACAUGGCAAAGAAUCUAUGUCUCGUGGACUCAUUUGCAACAAGCUCACCCAUAUUUUUGUGAAAUUCUCUCUUACUGUGAAGAAAGUAGCUACAUAACUGUUGAAUGCCAAACAGCAUACAAUGCUCAUGAUCAUGACAAAUCUCUUUUUCCGGAGGAAGGGAAUAUAAUAAUGGUCAAAUUUACGACUAAAACGAAAGGUGUCAUUAAAAUACUAGGUUAUGUCACCAGUGUUAAAAUUAGACCAUUUAAUGCGGCUACUGACACAAAAAAUUUUUCUAAUAAAAAUUUAAAGAAUAUUAGAGAUGAUCAAAUCCAUAUGUUAAAAUUAACUUUUAUGGGAGCUUAUGCAUCUGAUGAUUUUGAUAGAAAACAGCCAAUUCGAGUACAAGUUCUCUGCAAUAUCAAAUCGACUUUAAAACAAAAUGACGCUUUGCUUUUUGUAGAUAAAUCGCCUUUGCAUCGAAAUAUUCUGAAUCCAUUAGAUAGUGGACUAUCUACAGUAACUCUUCCACCUCGUAACAUACUGAAAGAACCUGAUCGAGUUAAUGAAUGUCUGAAGGAAAUUAUUAAAGGCAUUGUGUCACCUCAUCCUAUUCCUUUACUUACUGUCAUAAAGUUACUGCCUUCAUCGGAUCGUUUGUUAGUUCUUCCUCACCUCAUUACAAAAAUGAAAAAAUCUUAUAGAACUAAAGUUCUGUUGUGUACUAGAACUGCUAAAGCAUUAGGUGAUGUUGGUCUUUCCCUAGUGAAACACCAAUUAAACGUUGUUGUUGUUGGUAAACGAGCUGACACACAUGUCGGAUUGAGAAAAUAUUUGCUUGAUGAUCUUGCUGUGGGUGAAAUCAAUAAAAACACUGAUGCAGAAGAAAGUUUGCUGAAAGGAAAUUUGCAAAAAGAGCACAUCAAACCUGAUCUGCUCAUAAAAGCAAAGCAAAUAGUAUUGACUGAAUGUGAUGUGAUUUUAUGUAACAUUCGCAAUAGUCAUGAUGACCUGAUGGCACAAACAUUUUAUGACAAUGAGUGCAUUGCUCAUAUGUGUUGCAUAGUUGAUGAAGCUAACUUGUGUACAGAACCUGAAACACUCAUUCCAUUGAUGAAUGGAAUAAGCAAACUUAUUUUAAUUGGUGAUCCUGAUGUUCCAGCCAAAGUUUGUUCGAAAACAGCUAUAAAUUUAGAUUACAAACGUUCAUUAUUUCACAGAGCUUAUGAUUUGGAUUUAAUUUCUGAUUGAGGAAACAGUUUAGCGAGGUUGUUGAAAUGUUGUCUGCCCGUGAUUAACAUUGACGCCAGUGAUCCGUGCAGCAUAAUUUCGGACUCAGAAAUACAGAAAAGAUCCAUAAUCAAGUCUUUCUUUUUUGUCAAUGUAAACUACGCUGAUCAAGAACAACUUCGGUCAUUCUCAUAAUUGGGAAGAAAAGAAACAAGUUGCUAUUUCGCAGCUAAG